GGCAGGACGGGGGCUUGGGCGGCCCUUGAACUGCAGACUGUCGGGAGCUGCCGGGGCCGGGUUCGUGCGGUGCAGCCUCAGGUUCUCGCCCCAAGGAUGUGGUUGCUCGUGCCAUUGUGGCUGGCGCUGUCAGGAGCGGUGGCCUCCCUGCGGUGCCCUGAUGGGCGGCUGUGCCAGGGGCUUGACGUCUGCUGCCGGGAUCCCGGAGGGGACGGCUACGCCUGCUGCCCCCCGUCUCUGGGCUCCCUGCCUAUGACCCAGGCCAGCAGCGUGGCCAAGCCUGCCGGGCCCAUGUGCCCCGAUGGGACCCAGUGCCCCGCGGAAUACAGCUGCCUGCGCACGUCGGCCGGCUCCUUCAGCUGCUGCCCAUUGUCGGAGGCCGUCGCCUGCGCCGACGGGCAUCACUGCUGCCCCCGGGGCUCCCACUGCAAUGCCGACGGCAAAUCCUGCUUUGUGCUCCCAGGUAUCCCAGCCGCUGGUGCUGUCCAGUGCCCUGAUGGCGAAUCAGAGUGUCCCAAUGAGUCCACCUGCUGCAUGAUGCCCACUGGCUCCUGGGGGUGCUGCCCCAUGCCACAGGCCGCCUGCUGCGCGGACAAAGUGCACUGCUGCCCCCAUGCCACCACUUGUGACCUGGAACGUGCCCGCUGCCUCUCAGCCGCUGGGGAGCAGCCCCUGGGCAGCAAGGUGCCGGCCCAGAAGCGAGCGCCGUGGCAGGGAGUGCCAGUCUCGCUCGGCGCGAUCACCUGCCCUGACCACCGGUCAGCGUGUCCGGACGGCACCACAUGCUGCCAGCUGCCCACCAGCCAGUACGGCUGCUGCCCACUGCAGAACGCCGUGUGCUGCAGCGAUCGCCUGCACUGCUGCCCCCAGGGCACCACCUGCGACCUGCCCCACUCAACAUGUGCCUCGACGCUGGGCCAGACGCAGCCUCUCACCCAGCUCCUGGACACCGCCGAGAGAGCUCGAGAGGUUCCCUGCGACGAGCAGACCAGCUGUCCUGACGGCAACACCUGCUGCCGGCUGUCCACGGGGGCCUGGGGCUGCUGCCCCCUGGUGGAGGCCGUGUGCUGCGAGGACCACGUCCAUUGCUGCCCCAAGGGACACAAGUGCGACCCGGCGGGGGGCCGCUGCCAGCCGCCCGCUGCCCCCAUUCCCUGGCUGGAGAAAACCCCAGCACGAGUGCGAGCGCCCUCUACUGGCCGAGACGUGAAGUGCGAUGAGCAGACCAGCUGUCCUGACGGCAACACCUGCUGCCGGCUGUCCACAGGGGCCUGGGGCUGCUGCCCCCUGGUGGAGGCUGUGUGCUGCCAGGACCACCUCCAUUGCUGCCCCAAGGGAUACACGUGCGACCCGGCGGGGGAGUGCCAGCAGGCCCUGCUCUCUGUGCCCUGGGCACCCAAGGCUCCAGCUCACAUUAUUGCCGCCGCCCAGAGCCGAGGCGUGAAGUGCAGCCAGACGGUCAGCUGCGAGGAUGGGCAGACCUGCUGCAAGAGCGGGAUGGGCUCCUGGGCCUGCUGCCAUCUGCCAAAUGCUGUGUGCUGUGAGGAUCACCAGCACUGCUGCCCAUGGGGCUACACCUGCAACCUGGCCACACAGAGCUGUGAGAAGCACCAGGCCGGGCGAGUGCUGCCCGUGGACCUGAGCCUCUCUGCCUCCCUGCUGCCCGCCAGCCCGGAGCCCAGCAACGACGUGACCUGCGACGCCCAGCACUACUGCCAUGCCCACCAGACCUGCUGCAAGGCUGCCUCGGGCGCCUGGGCUUGCUGCCCCUACCACUGGGGCUCCUGUUGCUCCGACAUGCGCCACUGCUGCCCCUUUGGCUACCGCUGCUCCAAGUCGGGCCUCGACUGCAAGCGGCGCUGGCUCCUGCGUUGGGACGCCGGCGCCGCCCGGCCCCACGGCCUGCUGUGAGGUGCCUGUGGGGGCCGACCCAGCGCUGAGGGGUGGCUGUGCCCACAGUGAGGGGGGAGUGGGGAUUGCUCUGGCCCCUCAGUCUGUCUCACUUCCAGCCUCGGGGCCCUAUUCUCUGGCUGCCCCAGGGCAUACAGGCCCUAUUCGCUGUAGGAUCUGUCCCACCCAGCCCCCCUGGAGCUAAGUACGUGGGGCUGAGCCCCCCCCCUUGCCGUGAGAGUUUAACCCCGGACACAGCAGUGGGGGCGCACGCAUUCGGGUGCUUCGUCCUCUGCUCCCCUUGCUACUACCACCCCCAAAGGUCCCACGGGCACCAGGAGUGGCCCUUUCCUGCUGGAGGCCUGAAGGUUAAGGGUCCCCCCUGCCCCCCCUCUAGGCUCUCCUGUUGCCGGGGCCUUGAAGCUGGGCUGGGCCAGGCCCUGCUUCCCCACCACCUGGGAGCCAGGUGCCUGCGCUAGGGCCAGGGAAGCUGGGCUGCUUUGCUUUCUACACUCCUGGGGGCAUCUGCAUCUCCCUACAUUUCUCCUGGGCACGCAGGCCCCUCCCUGCGUCCUGGACGGGGCAGGCAGCGGGGCGGGGGGAGGGCACUGCAGCAUCUGGCUCCUGGCGCCCUACCUCAGUCCCUGAAUGUGCAUUGCCCUGAGCUCGUGCCUGCAUUGUCCGCUGGGCACUAUGCAGGAGCAUGUCCUUAUUCUAGCCCCUGUUCCAGGGGUCUUGGCAAUGCCC